UUCCAAAAUCCAAAAACAGAGUCUCCAUAAAUCUCUCACGUACAUCUUCAAAACCGAAGCAAAAUCGCGAUUUGUAAGAGUUCUCCGCUCGCACGCGACCAAAUUUUCAAUUGUCGUCAAAAAAAUCCCCACCCGUUUUCUUCAAUUCGACAGGAUGGCGGAGGUGGAGCAGCCGGAGUCGCCGCCGCGGCCGUUUCCCACGAGGUCGCCGGAGUUUCCGCGUGAUCAAUUCCACGGAGAUCGUUUCUCGCGCAAUUACAACGGUGAAUCGUCGUUGAACAAUGGCGCCUCCACUGCGAAUGCAGACGAUCCCAAGUCGUGCUUUAUAGCUUCGACCGCGUUCUCGUUUUUUGUAGCCAUAACUAUGGCAUUUGGACUGUAUUCUCCCGAGACUCUGCGUCUUGGACCUAAUGCAUCAAUACUGAUACAGCCCAAUCGCUUAUUCGUGGAGUCCAUAGAGGUGGUAGAAGUUGGUGCAGCUAAAGGUUCAAUGCUGUUUGGAUUUUAUAAAACUCCUCCCCUUGAUGCUACGACUACAUGGCAGGAGACUCACAAGAUCUCUCUGCCUUCAAGUACUCACAAGGAAUGGGUGCAUUAUUUGAAUGAAGGGUCUCAAAUAAACAUAUCUUAUAGUGUUUCCUCUUGGGGCUUAUCUUCUAUUGGUCUUGUAAUUGCUGAAGGGAAUGCUGAACUUGCUGAGUGGCUUAAGGAACCAUCAUAUCCAGAUACAACCUUUUCAUGGAAUAUAAUUCAUGGAAAUGGCUCAAUUCAGAAGGAUAUCUUGAAAUCUUCAAUGUACUAUAUUGGAGUUGGUAACUUGAAUCCAGAAAUUUUCACGGUUCAUUUGAACAUGUCAAUAAAGGCUUCUUUGUACAACACAGCAGAACCAUAUUACCAUUGUAGACCUGCAGAGGGCAAAUGCACUUUCCCGCUGUUUUUCAUGGGCGCAAAUGCAGCUGUUCUUACCACUCCUGGUCGAGUGCCUGGUUUGGUCAGUGAUAAUUGUUAUGUCAAACUUUCAUAUGGACCUCGAUGGAUGGCAUAUGUCGUUGGAGCAGGUGGGAUGAUUCUUCUUAUGCUACUCUUUAACUACUUCACGAACCACUUCCGGCGCACCGAACAAGACAUGCCUUGCGAUCAGCCUGGGGGCAUUGGAUCUGAGAGAAACCCUUUGCUUUCACAGAAAGAUGAUAACACCUCUGGCUCAGAUGAUGAAGAUGACGCUCAAACUGGGCUAGAACCAAACCCAGUUAAAGAUGAUGAAAAUAGCCGCCAUUUUUGUGCAAUUUGCUUUGAAGCUCCCAAGGAUUCUUUCUUUAUUCCAUGCGGACACUGCGUGGCAUGUUUUGGAUGUGCAAAUAGAAUAGUGGAAACUACAGCAACCUGCCCUAUUUGCCGGCGGAAGACCAAGAAGGCGAAAAAAAUAUACACUGUUUGAGCAGCGCGGAGGCUCUGUUGUGGUUAUACACUACAUUUUGAGUAGCAUUCUGUAUUAUAUCAGAUUCUUUCUGAAAGUAGAAAAUCCAUGAGCUUCUCUCCCUUCUUAAUUUGUUGCAUUCUGCUCUAUCUUGAUUUUGAGGAAGGUUUUCUAUUGUACAUGAACUAACUCUUUUCAAGAAUACGUAAAUAUCAAGGUCUUAAUAUUUGU